UCCAGCAAGAGCAAGAGGAUCUCCCGAACCCUCUUCCGUAGACGCCGCGGCCACCGGACCUGAGAGAGCUGAGCCGAAGAGCAAAGAGAGGCGGGAAGCACCGGGGAAUCCAGACACGCGGAGAGCCCAGAGCGGCAGUUUUGCAUUCGAUGAAUUAAUUAGUCGCACCGCCCAUCCUGAGUUUCACCAUCUGAUCAGUUGCUCCUUGAGUAACUCGUGCUUCUUACGGGCCAGUGUUGCAGUUUGCUAAAUCAGAGGCGCUCCGUUUGAGCUUGGGUUUUGUCGAGAUUAUUUGGUGGCGAUCCAUUACUUAUUACUGAAAUAAUUUACUUGUUUAGUGAACGCUACCCACUUGGCAAAAAAAAAAAAAAAACAACAACAACAAAUCUGGGGGGGGUGAGACGGUCAGAUUUUAAACUUUUUGCUCGUCCCCCUCUGCUUCCAUCCGUCGGCUCCAUCAUUUAAGUUGCACCGAGUCUUUCUUACGAUUUGAGGCGUCCAGAAAGCGUAUUUUGCCUCUGGUCCAGUUGCGGUUGAGCUCUUAAGACUCGACUGCCUCCACAAUCGGCCUCAUUCACGCGCAGCCCCCUUCCCAGUUAGAUCCACGCCGCCUUCGCAUCCACCCCACUUCUACCCUAAAACAGGAUCCGACCAGCUCUGUCGGCAACAGCUGGAACAUGAUCGCUUCGCAUCUGCUCGCUUACUUCUUCACGGAACUCAACCAUGAUCAAGUACAGAAGGUUGAUCAGUACCUCUAUCACAUGCGUCUCUCAGAUGAAACUCUCCAGGAGGUCUCUAAACGGUUCCGAAAGGAGAUGGAGAAAGGGCUUGGGGCUGACACUCACCCCACAGCUUCUGUGAAAAUGCUGCCCACAUUUGUGAGGUCUACACCUGAUGGAACAGAAGACGGAGAUUUCCUUGCUCUGGAUCUUGGAGGAACCAACUUCCGUGUGCUGCGAGUGAGAGUAACAGACAAUGGCCUCCAGAAAGUAGAGAUGGAGAACCAGAUCUAUGCCAUUCCAGAGGACAUCAUGCGUGGCAGUGGGACCCAGCUAUUUGACCAUAUUGCUGAAUGCCUGGCCAACUUCAUGGACAAGCUACAGAUCAAGAAUAAGAAACUCCCUCUGGGAUUUACCUUUUCAUUCCCAUGUCAUCAAACCAAGCUGGAUGAGAGUUACCUGGUUUCAUGGACUAAAGGGUUCAAAUCCAGUGGUGUGGAAGGGAGAGAUGUGGUGUCCCUGAUCCGGAAAGCCAUCCAAAGACGAGGGGACUUUGACAUUGAUAUUGUGGCUGUGGUGAAUGACACUGUGGGGACCAUGAUGACCUGCGGCUAUGAUGACCAGAACUGUGAGAUCGGCCUCAUUGUGGGGACUGGUACCAAUGCCUGCUACAUGGAGGAGAUGAGGUACAUUGACACGGUGGAAGGAGAUGAAGGGAGGAUGUGCAUCAACAUGGAAUGGGGUGCCUUUGGAGAUGACGGAGUGCUCAAUGACAUCCGCACAGAGUUUGACAGGGAGAUUGAUAUGGGCUCACUCAAUCCGGGCAAGCAACUAUUUGAGAAGAUGAUCAGUGGUAUGUACAUGGGAGAAAUUGUCAGACUCAUCCUGGUGAAGAUGGCCAAGGAGGAAAUGCUCUUUGGUGGGAAACUGAGUCCUGAGCUCCUCACCACAGGCCGCUUUGAGACCAAAGACGUUUCUGAUAUCGAAGGGGAAAAAGAUGGCAUCAAGAAAGCCCUUGAGGUUCUGACCAGGUUGGGCCUGCAGCCAUCCCAGGAAGACUGUGUGGCCACACAUCGCAUCUGCCAGAUUGUAUCUACCCGUUCAGCCAACCUGUGUGCAGCCACGCUGGCCGCCGUCCUUCGACGCCUCAAGGAGAACAAAGGGGAAGACCGUCUUCGUUCCACCAUCGGAGUGGAUGGCUCCGUCUACAAGAAGCAUCCACAUUUUGCCAAACGUCUUCAUAAGACUGUCCGACGGCUUGUGCCAGACUGUGAAGUCCGCUUUCUCCGCUCAGAAGAUGGCAGUGGCAAGGGGGCUGCCAUGGUGACAGCAGUAGCGUACCGUCUGGCAGACCAACACCGGGCUCGACAGAAGACCCUGGAAGCUCUAAAGCUGAGCCACGAACAGCUGUUGGAAGUGAAGAAGAGGAUGAAAAAAGCAAUGGAGCAGGGCCUGGGCAAAGAGACACAUGCUGCUGCUACUGUCAAGAUGCUGCCAACUUAUGUGUGUGCAACACCUGAUGGUACAGAGAAAGGUGAUUUCCUGGCCCUAGACCUUGGUGGGACAAACUUCCGUGUACUGCUAGUGCGUGUGCGGAAUGGGAUGAGACGAGGUGUAGAGAUGCAUAACAAGAUCUAUGCCAUUCCUCAGGAGGUCAUGCAUGGCACCGGGGAUGAGCUCUUCGAUCACAUUGUCCAGUGCAUUGCGGACUUCCUGGAAUACAUGGGAAUGAAAGGGGUCUCUCUACCUUUGGGCUUCACCUUCUCCUUCCCCUGCCAACAGAACAGUCUGGAUGAGAGCAUUCUUCUGAAAUGGACAAAGGGCUUCAAAGCAACUGGCUGUGAGGGAGAGGAUGUGGUCAGCCUACUGAAGGAAGCUAUUCAUCGGCGAGAGGAAUUUGAUCUGGAUGUUGUUGCUGUUGUGAAUGACACUGUGGGAACCAUGAUGACUUGUGGCUAUGAAGACCCUCACUGUGAAGUAGGACUCAUAGUUGGUACUGGUAGUAAUGCCUGUUACAUGGAGGAGAUGCACAAUGUGGAGCUGGUGGAAGGAGAUGAGGGGCGGAUGUGUGUCAACAUGGAGUGGGGUGCUUUUGGGGAUGAUGGCUGCCUGGAUGACAUGCGAACUGAAUUUGACUUGGCUGUAGAUGAACUUUCACUCAACCCAGGAAGACAGAGGUUUGAGAAGAUGAUCAGUGGCAUGUACCUGGGGGAGAUUGUACGCAACAUCCUCAUCAACUUCACCAAACGGGGGCUGCUCUUCCGUGGACGGAUCUCAGAACGACUGAAGACAAGGGGGAUAUUUGAAACCAAAUUCUUAUCUCAGAUUGAGAGCGAUUGCCUGGCCUUGCUUCAAGUCCGUACCAUCCUGCGGCACCUGGGCCUGGAGAGCACCUGUGAUGACAGUAUCAUUGUCAAGGAGGUCUGCACCGUAGUGGCAAGACGGGCCGCCCAGCUUUGUGGAGCAGGCAUGGCAGCGGUAGUGGACAAAAUACGGGAGAACCGCCAGCUGGAUUCUCUCAAAGUCACCGUGGGUGUCGAUGGGACCCUGUACAAGCUCCAUCCUCACUUUGCCAAAGUCAUGCAUGAGACAGUGAAGGAGCUGGCUCCCAAAUGUGAUGUUUCCUUCUUGGAGUCAGAAGAUGGCAGUGGGAAGGGAGCUGCUCUCAUUACUGCCGUGGCCUGCAGGAUCCGAGAUGCUGGACAGCGAUAAACAGCUGAGCCCAGGGAAGAGGUGUCGGGGGCUUUCUUGGCCAUUGGCCACCUCCUUUUUCCUUUUCUUUUUUUUUAAAGAAGAAAAAACCUGGUAAAUUGUAAGUGAACUUGCACCAUGCAGAAUCUCCAUCCCCUUGUGUCACAGACAGACUCCCUUGCCUUUUUUUUUUAUUUGAUAGGACAUCAUGGUCCUAAGUUUUGUCCUGUUCUAGAGUUCUGUUGAGUGCCCAGAACCCAUACCCUCAAAGGCUAAGCCAAAUGUCAUGUGGCUGUAUUCACAAGUCCAGUCAAUUUCCAUCUUUUCCCACAACAGCCAGUAACCCAUUAGUCUUUACUAACCUCUCCAUGAUAUAGUAACACUGAAUAAGAAGAUUAAUACUAGUGCCCCUCAAGGGCUCCAGGAUUCCUCUCCAGUCUGCAUGCAGUGUGUCUGUAGGGUCUUUCACAUUUGCAUGUUUGACAGUGCUGUGUCACCUUUUUAGUGGAGGGGGCUAUUAGCCUCUACAACUUAUAUAGAGGUAGCAAAAGCUAGGGAAUGUUGGAUCCCUACCUCAAACCCCAGGCCUAAGGCGGGAGACAUCCCUGUGGCCUGAGGUGCAGCUGAGCCUUGACGAAAUCCUGGGCAUCUCCAGAAAAAUGAAAAGAGGACUGGCUUCGAAUUAGUGACCUGGAGGCCCAGCCAUGGGAAUGGGGAGGUGGCUGCCUCUCCUGGUUCUGUAUACUCAGCCACCCGCAAGCCAUGAGCCUGUUUGCCGGCUUCCUUUCCCCUUCCUCUAGAAGUGAAAAUACUGUAUUUUCCAACUCUGUUUAUAGAGCAAGGUUUAUUUAGUCUGUGAAGUCAGUCUGCACCUUCAUCCUGAUAUUGUAGGGAAUUUGUGAAAUGUAUGUGUUGUAUUUAUAUAGUUUCUUUUUCUGUAUAUAGUCCUAAAAACUGGUCAGACUGUCCAUGGGAAUAAAAUUUUAUAGUACAAAGACAGAAAGGCAGAGUUAACGGGGCUCCUUGGGGAUGGUAUCAUAAUGUGUUGGGAGAAGAGGAGGAUGAAUGAAGGUAGGGACACAGUGACUGUGUCUUAGUUUGUCUUAUCUCCUCCCUCUCUCCUUCUUUGAGGUGGUAUGGAUGCUUGGGAGUAGCUGGGCAUGGGGUGGAGACACUGGUAGCAAACCCACUGCACAGCCACAGUGAGUGGCUGUCUUGUCUUCUUUCCUGGGGGAGCCAAAACCACAGCCAUGAAGCUUGAUCUGAGUGCUUCAGCUUUGAAUGCUUUGAUGAGCCUCUCAGCUCACUCUCAUGGGCCCUCCUUUUACUGCUACAGCUCACAACCAGGUAGGAAGAAGAUAUUAAGUCUUCAGUUAACAUCCAGCAGAGAAGAAAAAAGAGCCAAAGGGAAGGGAAGCCAUUUCAACUAGACUCAUUCCCCUGAGUCCCAACUAACUCCCAUCAGUUUUCUUGUGCAGUCAGCAAGACAUGUCAUACACAGCUCUUGGGGAGAGAGGUCCAGAGGCACGUUUCAGUUUUAUAAUAUGACCACUCGCUGGUCAUAUUAUAAAACAUUAUAAAAACCUUAAAAACAAAAGGCAAAAACCCAUACCCAAAUCUCUGGGGCAACCAGUCGGGCCAUUUGCUGCCAGCAGAUUGUAUUUGGGCUUUAUUUUGUAAAUACGUCACAUGAGAUGGUAUCUGGCAAUCUCUGUAGCACUGUGUGUGGCCCCUAUCAGUCCGGCCUCCAUUGGUACUUUUUGUAUGUUUUUAUAAAGUCUUUGUUUCAAGCUGCUGGGCACGAUGAGGGUGCCAAGAGAUGCUGCUCCGUGUGCUUUGCAUUGCAAGGGCACAAAUCUAGAAGCCUGUUUCCGGGGGGGAAUCUCUGAAAUGCUUAUUUUUUUUAUAAGCUGAAACUAUAUAUAAUAGAGAAUGACCUUGAGAAAAUGUAACUUAAGUAGAUAGGAGAAUCCUAGUAGUGUAAUUUCAGGAAAAAAACUAAUUUAGUGGGAUUGUAGAUGAUUUAAAUGAACAAAAUUAAAAUAUAGUGGGGUGGGGUAAUAGGACAUAGAUCAUUGGAGCUGGAAGGGAAUGUUAGCAUUUAGAAGGUAGAGUGCUAGACUUGGAAGACACCUUAUGGUCACCAAGUAUAACCACCACCCACUUAGUUUAGAGAAAAUGGGCCCAGUGAAAAGAGGGGAAAUGACUUACCCAAAGUCAGGAAACACAUUUUGUAGCAGGACCAGAAACCAGGUCUUCUCGCUCUCCAGAUCUUCCCACUCUAGUAGGUUGUCUCCCAGGAGUAAACCAACCCAAAAAGUACAUGUGUUUUGAUUGUUUAAAGUAGAAAGGCUAUGAUAGCAAGUUGGUGAUUUGUUUGGCCAGGGCUGACUUCUGCUGGGUGUGCAGACAUCCUGGGAAAAGUCCCGGAGAAGCCUAGAGGGGAAACUGCAUAUAAUUUUUGACCAACUGUGAAGUGUCCUUUGGCUUUGUGAAUUGUCCUAGCUAAUCUCCUCUGGUGUUCCAAUCCAGUCAGUUCAUUCCCAGAACUCCACAGCUCAGAAUUUGGUGCUCCUACCCUGUCACUUGGAAGUUAGUCACCAGGGAAGAGGCACAGUUCAAAGGAUUUCCAAAUCAGAAGACCUUGUUAUGCAAGGGUUUCUUAGGGUCUCUUCCCCAGCUAUCCCAAGGGCCCGAGAUUGAGGCAAUGCUGUCUAGGGAAGGAGCUGACUCUUCACUUUUCCCUGUAGCAGUAAAUCAACAAAACAUUUUGAGUGCCAAGUAUAUAAUCCAUGCUGUGCUAGGAUGGAGAUGCAAAGGUGUCCCCGUAACCUGGUGUCCCUGCCCAUGAGAAACUUUCAUGGCCACAGCCACCCAGCUUAACCUGGGAGCUCUGGAGGAGGGAGAGAGGUUGACUUGCAUUAUGUCCCCCUCUCUGCUGGUCUGGCCUGUUGGGCUCUCCAUCAUGCAUUGGAUAGUCAUAAAUAGGAUCAUUCAAUAUGAUGUUUUUGCUAAAAAGAUUAUUCUGUCCUGUGCUGUAUAAAGAAGACUACUCACAGGAGAGAUUCUGUAUUGGCACAAAUAUAAGCCCACUUUCCCCUUGGUGUUACUUUUUUAGUGUAUACCUAUGGAUUUAUUGCUUUUAAAAAUAAUUCAUUUUAGGG